AUGAAUUCUGAUGGCAGAGGCUCAGCACAGCGUUCCUUGAAAAAGGCGCGAACUCAGGGCACAGUCUCAUCCGCGCAGAUAUCUAUAUCACUUGUAAGAGUUAGCAAUUAUAGCCGCUACAUUCACAGGAGAAUUAACACCACCAUACGCCAGUUGAUACAAAAUACCCUUCAAGAAUUAGCUGAUGUUCAAAAUGUCAACGAAAUGGGCAAGCAAGUCCUCCAAAAACUUAAUUCGGGAUCAAGAGGAGGGGGAACAAGUGGCUUUGGGGAAAAGAUCAGAUAUGUCAACCAUUACAAGAAGAAUAGAAAUAAUUAUAGUCAUGAAGACUUGAGAACAUGUGUGAAGUUGGGCGAGCGACUGAUGCACAGUCAUCACAAGCGGAAGAUAAAAGGCGAGAUAGGUGAUAAUAAAGUAAGAUCAGAGUGA